GUCAGAGUCUCCUUGGUAUAGCAGUAUUUAUUGUGGUGAAACCUUAAAGAUGAAGCCAUUAAUGCCAUAGGAGGAAUAAAAAUGAAGGUACAAAUGCACCGAAAUUUUUGCUUUCCUUAUUUUUUUACUUUAUUUUUAAAUAUUUGCAUCCUUUGUCAUGGCCAUUACACAUCUGAAGAAAGCCACGGUCACAUUCACAAUGAUCCCCAGAUGUCAGAAGAACCAUUUCCACAGAAUAGAGUUUACACAAUCAAGACUUCAUUGCCUGAAGCUGAGCAUGAACAAAAAUAUUAUAUUGAAAAAUUAUUUCAUCGCUAUGGGAAAAAUGGAAGAUUGUCAUAUUAUGGGCUGGAAAGACUUUUAUCUAGUUUGGGUCUUGGUGAGGUGAAAGUAGUUGAAAUAGGUCAUGAGGAUAUUGGUCAUGAUCCUGUGUCACACUUGGAUGUUUUAGAUGUUCAGGAAGGAAAGCAUUUACAUGUUCAUGAUCAAAUAGAACCCCAUCCUCACACAAAUAAAAAAAAUGAAUCAAAAACAUUUUCUAUAAAAGAGUUUAAGGCAUGCAACGAAGAAAAGGAAUCCAUGUCUACGAGGCAUAAAACUGCUAACAAAAAUCACUUACAUCAUGUUCAUAAUGUUACCUACAAUACCCUACGCAAUCACAAUGCUGCGGGCCACCGUAUGACGCUUGAAGGACAAACAAAUGAGCCAUUGACCAGUGCAAAUGCAACACAGGCCAAGGCCAAAAAGAAACCUCAGAAGCAUAAAAAGAGAAAGAAAGUAACAAAAAACAUAGAAUCUACUGUAAAAUCCCAGACUGGUUUUGAACAAGCCCAAAAUGAAAACAAGCAUGGUUACAAACCUUUUACUCCUAGCAAUGUUGGUGAUGAUUCUAUUGAAUCCAAGGAACACGGACAGAGGCCUGAAUAUCUUCAUAGAAACAUCCACAAAAGAGAGGCUUCUAAUGACCAGACUAGUUUAAAAGUCAGUUCAGACUUACAGAAAAGCUACAGUCCACAUGACGAUGAAGUGCAUGAACAUGAUGAGUGUUUAAAUGUUACACAGCUCCUCAGUUACUAUGGGCUAAAUCUCAACACUCCAAUUUCCCCUGAUCAAUUUGCUUACCUAUGCCCAGCAUUGUUAUAUCAGAUUGAUAGUAGGUUUUGCAUCAAGCAUUUUACUGAUUUGGAGGUAGAGACUUUGGAAGUAAGUAGAGGAGGAGCAUCUGCCUGGAUCUGUGGCCUCAUAUCUAUCACUGUCAUCAGCCUCUUGUCCCUGCUGGGAGUUAUUUUGAUUCCAGUCAUUAACCAAGGAUGCUUUAAGUUUCUACUCAACUUCCUCAUCGCUUUGGCUGUGGGAACCUUAAUAGGAGAUGCACUUCUUCAUCUCAUGCCUCAUUCAAAAGGAGAGCAUGACCAUGCAUCAAAAGAAAUUGGACAUAGUCAUGAUAAUGACAAGGAUUUGAAUGAACCCCCAAACAAGCAGUUUUUAGUAGAAUAUGACAGUGUUAUGAAAGGUCUUGUUGCCCUUGGUGGAAUCUAUAUACUCUUCAUAAUCGAAAAUUGUCUACGAAUGUUUAAACAAUACAAGGAGAGAAAGAGUAAGCCAAGUAGGAUGAAACAAAAACAGAAAGUGGAGGAUUCUGUUGUGGGAAGAAAAUUAUAUGAUCACAAACUAAAUCGUCGAUCAGAUGCCGAAUGGUUACACCUAAAACCCACGACAGUAACUGAAGACCCAGCUGCAUCUGGCUCUCAGCAGAUCGAUGAAACAAAAACAAGUUAUGUGGAUAGUGCCCAUCAAUUGCCUCUAAAGGUUUUAGUUGAAGAUGCCAAGCCACAUAUUAACAAUGAUGACUCUUGUGAAGAUGAUGGAAAUUUCAGUAAUCAUGUAGAAGUAGAGAUGCCAAAGAAGGAUACCCACAAUAAACACUCUCACUAUUCACAUGGCCAUUCCCAUUCAGGAAAAGACAUGAAGGAUGCUGGGAUUGCUAGUAUGGCAUGGAUGGUGAUAAUGGGAGAUGGAAUGCAUAAUUUUAGUGAUGGACUAGCCAUAGGUGCUGCCUUCAGUGCUGGCUUGAGGGGUGGGAUUAGCACAUCAGUAGCUGUAUUCUGCCAUGAGCUUCCCCAUGAAUUAGGGGACUUUGCUGUGCUACUGAAUGCUGGUAUGACUGUAAGCCAAGCAAUUGUGUACAAUCUCUUGUCUGCAAUGAUGGCGUAUGUAGGCAUGUUAAUAGGAACAGCAGUCGGACAAUAUGCCAAUAAUAUCACUUUGUGGAUUUUUGCCAUUACAGCUGGCAUGUUUCUAUAUGUGGCACUUGUUGAUAUGCUCCCAGAAAUGCUGCAUAAAGAUCAUGAAAGUGAAGAACAUGGAUACUGUCCAUUAGGCCAAUUCAUCCUGCAAAACUUAGGACUUCUACUUGGUUUUGCCAUAAUGCUGCUCAUUGCCCUAUAUGAAGAUAAAAUAGAUUUUGACCUCCAUGUCUAAUGGUAUUCUUUAUGGUCCAAUUGUAACGUUUGUGUUUUUCCACUAGUUUAUUAGACUCUAACUGAAAUCCCUAUCCCAGUCUUACAAAUAUUUCAUUACAAAAUCACUGUGAUUAAUGUUAUAUACAUUUAAAAAUAGCAAUUAGUUAAUAUCACAAUUUGAAAAGGCAGCAGGUUUUAACAAUUUAACAUGUGGUUGGUGAGGUGAACCGACAUCCAAUAACAUUUAUUUUUCUAGUUUGUAGGCAUUCCAAGUACUUGUGGUACUAAAACACUAUAAAAAUAUUAUCUUUACAUUGGGAGGUCUCUGUAUCAGAUUUACUUGAUGAGUACAUAGUGUUCCUUGCUUACAUUAAAUAUUUGUCAAUUCUUACUAUACUUUUGCUUUUACAGAGGCUGAGUUAUUUUUAUUAUGUUUUCAGGUGAAAUAAAAAAAAUGUUU